AUGCCGAAGCUCAAUACCACGUCCGUGUCUAUGGCAGUGACGCCAACUGUUGUCGAGACGCUCUUCUCGCAUGUAAGUUUGGUUCUGAUUCUCGACGUCCCAUCAACCAUCCUAUCUCUUGCAUCUCCCUUCCCUCCGAAUGGCCCGUUCCUCCUCCUUUUUGCUCACCCUGGACGGCAGUAUCUCAACCGCGGACCGAGAAAGGGGCUACCGACAGCACACCUAUCCUACGACGAGGGCAUCCACCUCAUACGCACCUUCCUCGAGUUUUCGUCGCACCACACCGUUGAGGAGCUACAGGCCUUCACAUCCCAGUGGGUUCCGCAUCCACAAUGGGUCAAGGUCGAGAACGUCACUAUAUCUGAGGCCAGCCUGGCUCGGGCGGCCUCCCUCCUAGAGACCCAGCUGGACGAGGAUGGUAUUCGCCGCGUAGGCGGCCGCAAAUGGUGGCAAUGGCGCCGACCAGGCACCCAGUUCGAAGCCGAGUGGAUCGAGAUGCGGUCCGACGCCAAUGAACGCAAGAAGAAUGCCGACGGCGUCGCCAACAGGGUCAUGAUGUACGUCCACGGGGGCGCCUACUUCUUCGGCAGCGUCGACGAGCACCGCUACCAGAUGCAGAGGCAUGCACGCAAACUCCAGGCCAGAGUCUUCGCUCCGCGUUACCGGCUGGCCCCUCAGUUCCCCUUCCCUUGCGGACUCCACGACUGCAUCGCUUCCUAUCUCCAUCUGCUCGAGACGCAGGACCCGAGCCAUAUUGUCCUGGCGGGUGACUCUGCCGGUGGUGGCAUGAUCAUGUCGCUGCUGUGUAUCCUACGCGACCAGGGGGUUCCUCUUCCGGCAGGCGCCAUCCUCAUCAGCCCGUGGGUUGAUCUCACCCACUCGUUCCCCAGCAUCAGCCAGCCGGCCCCGCUGGAUUACAUCCCCGAAUACGGCUUCCACCACAAGCCUUCCAAGGGGUGGCCGCCGCCGAACGAGGACGACGGCAUCAUGCUGAAGAACGAGGCAGCCAAGAAGAGGAAGGGCGGCAAGAGAGCGGCGAGCGGCACAGCUGAGCUGCAAGAGAAGAUACAGGGCCAUGUUGCGCCUCCCGAUGCUGGGCCUGAGCAGGACACCAGCCAGAUUGCGAGCGGCGGAAUAGUCACCGACCCGGAAAAGCUCCUGACAGUCACGAUUGAUGGCGAGGAGGUCAGGAUCAAGGAUCAAAUUCAACUCUAUACCACAAAUGAGCUGCUGGACCACCCGCUCGUGAGCCCAGUCCUGCAGCCCACCCUAGGCGGACUACCGCCGCUCCUCAUCAUGACUGGCGGUGGCGAGAUCCUGCGUGAUGAGCAGAUCUACCUAGCUCACAAGUGCGCACAUCCAGAGAAGUACGCCCCUCCCGCCGGUAGGCUGGAUGAAAAGGGUCGCGAGCUGUUGGCCACGUACGAGCCUACGGAUGUACAGCUUCAGGUGUGGGACGACCUCUGCCACGUUGCGCCGACACUGAGCUUCACUCGCCCGGCAAAGUUCAUGUACAGGUCAGCGGCGCAGUUUGGAGCUUGGUGUCUCGCAAGGGCGCAGAAGCUUGAUAUCAAGAUCAUCGACGACGAUCUCACAUCCGAGUCUUCAAGCUCCGAUGAGGCCUCCGACCAUGAGCCGCAAUCUAGGAGGGCUGAAAGGCAGCAGGGCCAGCGCUCACAGGACCAGGACGAUGGCGAGGUUGGCAAGGCUGGCGAUCCCCUGCCCAAGUUCAAGGACCACAUGAUUCGCCAAAGAGUCGACCGUCACGGUGUGACGUUCCCCCUGGCCAAGGAGGAGGAUCUCCAGGCGUGUUGCGUGCCGAGCCACCAGGUUGGCAGCAUCAGGGAGGCCCAGGUGCAGAAGUGGCUGACGGCUAAGCGCCGAUGGGACACCAAAUACUCUGGCACCAAGGCCAAGGUGUACAAGAAGAUUAUCGACGACAUGGCUGUCGGCUAUGUGGAGAUCCCCGGGGAGUCUCCACCGCCGAGCGCCUUGGUCGGGCGGUGGAGAGUCGAUACAAAGGAUAAGACGACCAAGACGAAGCAGAUCAAGAGUCUAGGCCUGGCCGUCUGGUCGCUAUGGGGAUCCAGGUACGACGAGGCCGCCGUGGAGCGCCAGCGCAACGCUGACCCGGAGGGCCAGAAGGGCACAGUCGUCGACAAGGAGCACGGCGAGGGAGCACGGUCGUUCGGGGACAUUACAACGCAGGAACCGGCCACGACGAUGCCAGACAACAGCCAUUCGCGAGGAACUGAAGCCACUAGCAUCGCUGGGGGAGAGGAGGAGAAGCAGCAAUGGGCCCCCACGGAUAGCACCGAGGAGACCACGCCCGUAUCCGAUCUCCUCGCUAGGCGGAGACGGAAGGAGGCCGAGUCGGCCGCCGCGGAUCCCUACUCGCUCCUCCCGAACGCCAACACGGGAGCAACGGGGAAGCGUCCGUUCAUCGAGGGCAUCGCCAUGCCGUUCACCAUCAAGAAGGAAGCCGACACGGCGAGUAUGGUGACCCUGAACUCAAGCAUGAGCCCGGCUCUAACGGGUGCCUUCAGUCCGGCCCCGAGGAACUCGGGAGGUGAUAAUGCUAUGGACCGGUAA